AUGCCACCGUCAACGACGCGGCUCUCAAUAAUCCAAGGCCCAACAUCGCCACCAUUACUCGAAUGGACCUUCAACGAUCUCCUGGAUGAGCGAUGCCGACGACAGCCAAACCACACGGCUUUGAUAUGUCCUCAGCAAUCCACUCAACUCACAUACUCAGAGUUGCAAACACGUUCGAGACGUUUGGCCGCAUGCCUGCACGGGGCGGGUGUUGGUCGCGGUGACCGUGUGGGUAUACUGCUGGGCAAUCGAGCAGAGUAUGUUGAGAUCUUUCUGGCGUGUGCCAAGUUAGGCGCAUAUGCGACGCUCUUCAACUAUGCAUACACCCAGUCCGAGUUAGAGAAUGCUCUCGAGUCAACAGACCCCAAGGUGCUCUUCACAACAUUGCGGACAUCGAGGUAUGAGUACCAAACGAUCUUGGAUACUGUCCGGCGAAAACGACCGUCUCUGCAGCGCAUCGUCUUGUUGAAUGACGUGUCAUCGACGGCCGCCGCUCCAUCAGACAUUAAUGGAAGCUACUAUGUCGGGUACGAGGAGUUUCUCUCAUCAUCGAUGUCGUCUCCGACAUCACUUGCUGAGGUCGAGGCACUGGAGAAGACCGUGAAGCCUCACGACAUCCUGAAUCUUCAGUUCACAUCGGGCAGCACGGGCCUACCCAAGGCUGCCGCCCUGACCCAUCGAGGGAUGCUCAACUCGGCCAGAUUUAUCGGCAAGCAGAUGGGUGUAAGCGAGAUUGACAGGAUUCUGGUCCCUGUACCCUUGUUCCAUGCCUUUGGUUUGAUCAUGGGAUUAUGCAACGCCUGUGUCUACGGCGCCUCCGUCGUCCUCCCAAGCGAGUAUUGGUCAGUGCCCGCCACCCUCUCUGCCAUUGAGCAAUACCAAUGCACGGGCUUAUACGGCGUGACAACCAUGUUCGUAGACCAGCUCUCCCACCCCAGCUUCGCGACCACAAAGCGUUCUUCUCUACGUUUCGGCAUGAUGGCCGGCUCCGCAAUGCCAGAAGAACUCCUGAAUCGCGUUAUGACCUCCUUCCCUAUACCAGCACUGUACACGAACUGGGGCAUGACAGAGCUCUCGUCGGUCGCGACCAUGACUACUGCUGCCGAUCCAGUGGUCAAGAAAAUGGCCACGGCAGGCCGACUCCUGCCGCACUUUUCCGCCAAGAUCGUCGAGCCAAACACGGACCGAGUGCUGCCCUGGGGCGCGAGAGGAGAGAUCGUCAUCUCUGGUUUCGGGGUCAUGGAUGGGUAUUUUAGAAAUACGGAGAAAACUGCUGAGGCAAUCAAAGUGCAUCACGGUGAUGAUGGGGUGAAGUGGAUGCAUACCGGCGACGAAGGCUACCUCGACUCCGACGGCUACUUCGUCAUCACUGGUCGAAUCAAAGACUUGAUCAUACGCGGCGGCGAGAAUAUCUCCCCACUAGAGAUCGAAGCACGUCUGUAUCAGCACCCUGCUGUUGCACAGGCCGUCGUGUUUGGGUUCCCGAGCUCGCGGUAUGGAGAGGAGGUCGCGGCGAUGCUAGAGGAGGCGCCGAGCAAGGUUAAAACGAGACCAACUGAUAAGCAGGUCAAAGACUGGGUCGGUCAAGCGCUAGCCCGGUUCAAGGUCCCUGUGCAUGUCUUCUGGUUGGGUGACGAGGGUACGCCGACGGAGUGGCCUAAGACCAGCAAUGGUAAACUGAGGAAGAUGAAUGUGAAAGCUAUCGGGGAGCAGCUGAUCCAAAAGAAGGAGAAGAAGAGGAGGCGACCGCCCGUUGGGCUGCGGGCUUCUCUAUAG